AUGGACAGUCCCUUGACCUUGACCUAUCUGUCCAAGUCAGUUAUCAAUGAUGGUGGUACUGUGAUGGUGGUGCUAUACUCGGCUUUUGCCGUCGUGCACGUUUGUGCAGAAACUGUUAGACGCUGGUUCAUUAUAGACGCCCUGGUGGCGCGCUUGAUUUAUGGGAUGAACUACUACAGUUACUACGUCGUCGAAGCACAUUUGCAUCUGACCGGCUGGAAGGAGCCACCCAACCUAUAUGUACGAGCCCACUUCGAUGACUUGAUAUCUGCAUCUGCCCGCACACGGACCAUCAAGAAACAGUUCGACCCAUCAUGGAACGAGCAACCAGCACGCGAUAUGUCGUCCGUGCUUCAGUUAAGUCUGAGGCAUGAUCGUUAUUUUUUUGGAUCGCAACUACUCUCAACAGCGGAAAUAGAACUCGAACCUUUACUAGGAAAACGAAGAGAUGAAGACACUGAGAACAUUAAAAUAGAUCUCGUUAGCUCAAAGAAAAAAUCAAAUAUUUCGCUGAGUGGACAUAUUACGAUACGUCUCCGAGAAAACGAAAAUGUUUCCGCGGGACAGCUUGCUCUCGAUGGUUUACAUAUUCACUCCGAUGAACGUGAUCCAGCGAUGGACAGUUCACAAGGUAACAGUCCCGUCGGGCAUAUUCUCGACAGGGUAGAUUAUGUGCAGUCGCUGUCGGUCAUUAUGUCAAAAUUGGAUAUUUUCAUGAAGAUCGUAGAUAGUGCUUCACAGAUUAAUCCAUACAUAAGCAUCGCAUGGCAAAUCACGUCUUCAGUAUAUCAAAUUGUCAAAGGGCAGCUUGACAGAGAUAAGAAGAUCGAGGACCUUGCUGCUAUCAUGCAAGACGUAUAUACUUUUGUCGAUGUGGUACAGUCUUUCCCAGAGAAGCUAGCGCCUCUCGACGAUACAAUCCGCAAAAUUCUUGCUCAGACAAUCGAAUGUGUCAUGUUCAUUCGGGAGUACGCCGGAAAUGGGUUUGGUGUUAGACUUCUUCACAGCCCAUGGGCUGAUGUGAGGAUUGCUGAUUUCACACAAAACUUCAACCUCCUCAAGCAAUCUUUCAACUCUGGAGUAGUGGUCCAAACUGCCAUAGUUACCUUUCGAAUUUAUGACUCGGUCGAAAAGCUCGUAAGGGCGCAAAAUCUGUCAAAACUCUUGCCAGCCGACAUGGACGACCCAUCUCGGACCAGUUGUUUACCCGACACACGUAUUGACGUCCUUACAUCCAUCGCCGAAUGGGCUACCAGUCCUACGACCAAGGAAAAUGUGUUGUGGCUGCACGGCCUCGCAGGGUCGGGAAAGAGCACUAUAUCGACCACAGUCGCAAACUUCUUCCGUGAAUUAAGGCGUCUCGGCGCGUUCACCUUUUUCAAUCGCGACAUCACAGGCAGAAGUGACCCAGCCAUCGUCAUCCGCACUCUCGCAUACCAGCUUGGCGAAUUCGACUCCCGCAUUGGAUCUGCAAUUUCUAAAGUGAUAGAAAGCACACCUAGCAUCAAGCAGUCCCCUAUCAGAUGGCAAUUUCUAAAGUUGCUCAUGGAACCAUUGUCCUCCUUAGAGACAUCGAAACGGGAGGGUCCAAUUAUCAUCAUCAUCGAUGCGUUAGACGAAUGUGGGCACCCCGGGACACGGAGCGAACUUUUGAAGACAUUUGCACUGGAGCUCCACAAACUGCCAAAUACUGUCCGCAUUUUGAUCACCAGUCGAGAUGAAAUGGAUAUUACAGAGGCCCUUGGAAACCAACCACAUAUCGUCGGACGGCGCCUUGAUAUCAGUUCUCGGUCCAAUAGCGAAGAUGUUCUGAUAUAUCUCAGGCGUCGAAUGGUGGAAAUUCAGUCACAAAACAAAUAUUUAUCACUCCCUCUGGACUGGCCCGGUGAGAACAAUAUUCUCGCCCUCGCUGCUCGUGCAUCUGGUCUUUUCAUAUGGGCUUCUACUGCAUGUCGUUUCAUUGAGGAUGGACAGGAUCCAGAUGAGCGCGUAACGCUGUUGACUGAAGAAAAACUAUACUCUGAUGCGGAGUCUGCUCUUGAUCACAUAUAUGAAACAGCGUUGAAUGCUACAGGCAAAUGGGAUGAUCCUGUGUUCGCAUCUGAUUUCCGUGAUGUCAUCGGCAUGAUCAUUGUUGCGAAAAAUCCUCUGGUAGCGGCCACUGUUGAUGCCCUAAAUGCCGAUUUUACUUCAUCGAAAAAAAGACGUCCAGCUCUCCAUACUAUCCAACGUCUAGGCUGUGUCCUUCUUUGGGGCCAGAGUGAAGUCAUCCGCAUUAUGCAUCCCUCUUUCGCCGAUUAUCUCACUAACCCUGCCCGCUCUGGUCAUCAUGCAUGGUUCAUUGACCGUCAUUCGCAACAUAAACGGAUAGCUAUUCAAUGUCUUGGGCAUCUUCGGACCGUGCUCAAAAAAAAUCUUUGUAACUUGACGCUUUCAAUGGACGAAGUCAACGAGACUCUUCCUGCUGAUGUUGACUACGCAUGCACUUACUGGAUUGAUCACGUUUGCGAGAGUGAUGGAUCGGCGAGCUCGGUUGCCGAAGACAUUGAAUCUUUCUUACGUAGCCAUUUCUUACAUUGGAUGGAGGCGAUGUGCUUGCUAAAACGUUCAAGGCACACCAUCGGUUUACUAACUUGUCUUCGUGGAUGGAUCAAAGUUAAUCUUGUAGAUCAUCUCAACCUUUUUGACCUUGUAUCAGACGCGGUUCGGUUUUCUCAGGCUUUCAUCAUGGUCAUCGAACACCAUCCUCUGCUAGUUUACGCAAGUGCACUCCCAUUUACCCCUAUAAUGACGGCACUGUUCCAGCAAUUUCACGAGACCCACACCUUCCCGCGAGUUGCAGGUGGCUUUAGGCAAGGAUGGCCUUCAGUUUUGAUGGAGUUCCCAAAUCAACAGGGCGAAAUAACCUCGCUCACUUUUUCCCCUGACGGAAAGCACUUCUUGUUUACUGCAGCGAAUAUCAUCAACGUAUGGGAUGCUACGACUGGCGAAGAUGUAGUCUCACCUCUUAAAGGACAUGAAGCCCAGGUUAACAUGGCUGUGUUCUCGCCAAGUGGAUUACAGAUUGCAUCCUGUUCUGAGGACAACACUGUCCGCCUGUGGAAUGCUUUAUCUGGUGUUGAGGUGUUCGAACCGCUACGAGGACACCGACUUCCCGUUUGGUCUGUGGUAUUUAAUCCAGAGGGAACUAUGUUAUUGUCUGGUUCGAAAGAUUCAACGAUAGUUGCUUGGGAUACGCGUCUAGGCACUAUGAUUUAUGGACCAUUAACUUGGCACAAGAAGGGUGUUCGUUGUCUGGCUUUCUCACCUGACGGAUCCCGAUUUAUUUCGGGAUCUAAUGAUGCUACAAUCUGUAUUGGGGAUGCUACGACUGGCACAGAAUUAUUUCGACUGCAACAACACAGUAGAGCGAUCUAUUCGGUCGCUUACUCCCCUGACGGUGCUCGAAUCCUAUCCAGUUCUGAUGAUAAAACUCUGCUUUUGUGGGACGCACACUCAGGUGCCCCACUGCUUGAACCUUUCAGGGGACACAAGAGCACUGUUUAUUCUGCAUCAUUCUCACCUGACGGGUCGCAAAUAGUUUCCGCCUCAAAGGACUCCUCUGUUCGGGUGUGGGAUGCAUCUUCAGGCAAUCAAUUGACUCAUUUAACUCGACGGCAUAGGCAAGGAGUUCGCUGCGCCGCUUUCUCUCGGGAUGGCACACGAGUCGUAUCUGGCUCAGGAGACUGCACAAUCCGUAUCUGGGACGCAGAAUCAGUCGAGGGUGUCGGGCCAGCUAGAAUACACAAGUCUAUCGUCACAUCUCUCGCAUUCUCCCCUGACGGCACGCGACUCGCCUCUGGAUCCUUGGACAAGACCAUCCGGGUAUGGGAUGUCGCUUCUGGGACAGAGGUACUGGGCCCCCUCGAAGGUCUUGAUCGAGAGGUCCGCUCGGUGUCUUUCUCAACUGAUGGGUCGGCUAUAGUUGCAUUUUCUUAUGGCCGUGAACCUAUCGCUCGUUCCUGGGAUUCUAUUUCUGGUAUACUCUUGCCAGAGAGUGUAAGGCAUAUCCUGUUUCGAAACCCCAAUCCUUUAUCUCUUGAAGGAAACUGGAUCAUCGAUACCCUGCGUCAAAAACCUAUAUCCAUGCUUCCUUCGUCGUCGCCAAAUACCUACUCAUCAUUCAAUAACUGGGAGUGUCAUCCGAUUGAGCCCCUCAAGUGA